AAUUUAAUUGGUGCAUUUUAAGUGUAUUUGUUUAUUUGUUGGUCCGGUUAUAUAUUUCUGCUUUUAUUUCUAAUUAUCAGUUUUGGUCCUCCAUACAAGCAUCUUUUUAUUUGUAAAACAAACCUUUGAAUUUCUUGUGAGCUAAAACUUGUUGUACAACUGCUAAAAUGAUAAAAUAAAAAAAUAAAAAAAUUACUGAAUUUGCCUUCUUUUCAUUGAUUCUUCUCAUAAAUCUAUUCCCAACAAAACAAUGUUCUCAUAUUUUUUUAUAUUUAUUUUUUGUUGUGAGCUUUAAAACAGCUUUCAGAGAUUUAAAUAAGAGGCCAGUCACAGCAUGACUCUGUCCAMAGUAUUACAGAUUAGAAAGCACUCGCAGCUUAGCUUCAGUCUCACUUAAACUCACGGCUGCUUUGUGCUGCAGCUCUAAGGGAGAAAAUACUUUGCGGUUUCUUGUGUUUUACAAUGAUCAGUCUGUUGUCGCUGACCAGUUCUCAGACUGUUUUUCUCAGAGAGUGAUGAUGAUGAGCAUCGUGACAUUCCCUGCGCUGCUGCUGUUUGUGUUCUGUUGCAUCCCGGGAGGUUUUACUCAGUCAUCGGAGUGGAACAGGGAGCUGGAAGUUAGUGGUGAGACUGAAUGGAUUCCCCAGCCGGACUUUGUGGACGACACAUACUGGUCUGGGUCGGCUCCUCUGUGUUUGGGAGGCUGUAAGUCACRUCAUCAGGAGGUGAAAAAGGAUCGCUGUGGGGACUCCAGCUGCUGCUGGCUCGGCUACAAGUCCCUCUGCAGAGUGAACUGUGGAAAGCCUGAUGUGGACUAUAACGGAGCGGUGUAUGGUAAUGACUGGUGGGUGGGCUCCGUGGUGAGGUACACAUGUCGCUCUGGCUUCACGCUUGUAGGAAGCCCCACAAGAUCAUGCCAGGCCAAUGGUCUCUGGACCCCCAAACCCACCUGCCUCAGGAUGUGUCGGAGGGGUCGUAUUGAAAUCGGUGAGCAGGAGCUUAACGGGACGUGUGACUCCACCUGUGCAGAUAAGGGCUACUUCGGCCCACCCAAACUAGGCUGCAGUCGGAUAGACAACUGCAAGAAGAAGGAGACGGGCUGGAAGCGGUUCUUUGCGCAGUGUGUCCCUUGCAUUUGUGACUGCGCUUUAUCGUGCUCAUCUGCAGGCUGAGAGGAAGACAUGUUUUGACAGCAGAGAGUGACUCCGGACAAAGAUUGCUUCAUCCAGCUGUGGACUAACAUCUGGAUGUUGUGAGACAAUAUGUUCAACUCUCUUUUUUUUCACACCAAACCCAACAUUUUACUUGGGUUUCAACAAAAUAAGACACCCUGACACAAUGAUGUUGCCACAUGUUUGAAUCUGUGUUCACCAUUUUGAAAAUGCAGAGUUUGAUUUGACCAAAGCUGUAAUCAUAUCUCUGAUUGUUUAAAUGAAUUUAAUGUUUGUCACAGAUUCUAAAUCUAGCAGUGCUCCAGAACUAAACAUGUGCUGUAUGCCUGGAAACCCAUGUGUUUUUUUCAAAAGGACCAAAAAAUGAUCCAGAGUGUGAAAACUGGGAAAAAAUAACCACAGAUUAGCGUCUCAGCUUUAUCGCUCCUCCUCCUAAAACUUUAAUCUUGUUACAAACACCGGAUUUGUGUGGACCUGUAGAGUUAGUUUUCAGGUGUUGCAGUCUGUUAUUUUUAUUAAUUUAUUCCUAAAACCAUCUCAAGCUGUAUUUGAACAAAUCACAAACACAACUGGUGUGGAACGUUUAAUGAGGAAUCUUUGCAGAUAAAUGCACAAACAUGAAACAUUG